AUUUCACCUCUCUGAUGAGUUCAGUUUGCAGUACAUGGAUUUGGAAUUUAAUGAUUUUUUCACUCUCGCUGCAACAAACCAAAUUCAACAUAAGGACACAAUCAAAGUUAUUUAUCCUGCUCCGAUUUUACUCACAUUGUGUUGUGAGGAGAGUGAUAUGAUCAAUGCAAGCAUGUCAGCACUCUUGGAUGAGACUAAUUCACUUGCUGCUAUCCCGCAUCCCACACAUACUUCUUCUCCACAUGCAUCCACAUCCUACUCAGAUCUUACCCCUCCUUCCUCUCAAGACACAGUCAUGCAUUCUACACAAAGUGGUCAAGAGAAGCUUCUCUGGCCAAAAGACUUCCCAAUACCUACGUUCUCACCUGAAGUGGAGAGAGCUCUCCAAAAUGCUAUGGAUAGAUACAGGAAAGAAGGGACAUUCAUGGACUUCAGUCAAAUUGAAAAACAACUAAAAGAAAAGUUAGCGCAAGCCAUACACAUAUACACAGUAUACCCCACAGGCGCUCAAAUUACCGCUGUUGCCGCAGCUCUAGUUCAACAAUAUCCUUGUCUUAAAGAACCAGGAUCUUGGAGCGGCCUGUAUGGCUGGCAUAACCGCCUCAGAAAUAAAAUGGGGGAUUAUCGGCGCCGCUUAAGUAAAUUCGGCUGUCCAGAAGUGGCUGUUAAUUCGCUUAAAAACAAGAAGCCCGAGGACCGGAAAUCGGCCAAGAACAUAAAAAAACCACGAAAAGCCGAAGUGAACUAUCUGCCACCCUUUCCAGUGGGGGAAAAUGAAGAAAGCUUGGAGAAAGAGAGAGAAGAACUACUAAAUGAAGUAAAGAAACGUGAUAAUGCAAUUGUCAUUAAACAAAAGAUGUCCAAGACUUUUUCACUCAGGAGGAAUGAGAUUGUGCAGCAGUCCCCCAGUGUGGCACACAUCAAGGAAAGAUGGCCGGCCCUAUUCAAUUGCGUUAACGUAAACGAAGAAUUUGGACGAAUCACCACGUUAAAUCUGGAGACGAAGUUCAUGAAAAUGCUAGAUCUCUACACACCAAAACUUGUUGACCUUUUCUGUUCCAAAGGAGGAAGCAUUGGUCAUGCGCUGCAGCAAACGAUGAGCUGUAUACAGCAGGAUUCCUGCAUUGACAAAACAAGAGUGGUGGUCUUGCGAGCACUUAUUCAAUACCUUGGAGAGAAACCAGAAGACCUAAUUGAGGAGUACAGUUGUGAGGAAACCGCGCAAGAAGACUUCAGAAGACAUACCAUGAAGAUAUGUGUCACACCAUCGGGGCUGCAGAACAAUGUUUCGAUCAUCUUGGAAGGUGACUCAGUUAUUACUGAUAUAGAAAAUGAGGCAAAGGCCUGUACAAUCCUUUUUGGACUAACAUAUGCAUUAAAUCUGAGCUAUCCAAAGCAGCUGAAAUACACAUUUGAGGCGUUUCAGAAAUUGUUUGUUGGACUAGACGACAUUAAACUUUCGCCCAAAAUGCAGCCUCUUAUCCAGAAACUUACAGUGGGUUAGCCACCACGUGUUUGUGUUAUUGUUUGUUAUGUCUAUUGUGUUAUUGUCUGUUAAGCUAUUGUUAACAUAGCAUGUUUCCAAAGGUUGGUGCUGGUGCGAGGUCACCUAGAAAAGACAUGCCCUAAGCUAAUGAUGUUCCUUUCAUGAAGUGAGGUGAUCUGUGAGCUGUGCUCCUCAGCCCUCUCAUUAGAGUAGGAUUCCUUCGAUGCAGAUGCUCUUCCUCCUGGUGAAACACACAGUGGCCUGUACAGCUGGGUUGAAUGGAGGAUGACACACACACACACACACACACACACAGCUCUUUCUCCUGGUGAAACACACAGUGCACAGUGGCCUUUACAGCAGGGUUAAAUGUUAAAUGGAGGAUGAGCACAGGGAGUCAGAUUGCCAUAUAUGUUUGUGUUAUUGUCUGUUUUAUCUAGCUAUUGUUAACAUAGCAUGUUUCCAAAUGUUGUCAUGGAAUGGAAUCCCGCUGCAAAAUAGCUCUUCCUCCUGGUGAAACACACAGUGACCUUUACAGCAGGGUUAAAUGUUAAAUGGACGAUGACACACACACACAAACUCGUAAGCAUAGCAGGGUUAAAUGUAAAAUGGAGGAUGAGCACAGGGAGUCAGAUUGGCACAUAUGUUUGUGUUAUUGUCUGUUUUAUCUAGCUAUUGUUAACAUAGCAUGUUUCCAAAUGUUGUCAUCUGGAAUAUUUGUUAAGCCUUUUAAAU